GAGAGGUGUCAUCAUUUCAGGGGUGUCCUUAGAGAGGUGUCCUUAGAGAGGUGAUUUCACUACCUUAGCAUCCUUGCAUACUUCCUCAAAGACAACAUGAAGGGGUGUGGUUUGGAAGUCACAUAUGUUGAUAGAGACUUGGGCCAAGUCUUGGUCAUCAAGAUACCACCCAAUGGCCUUCACUGCCUUCAGUCUUCCUGGCUA